UUGUAUAGGUUCAUAUAAGGAAGCAUCUGAUUUGCAAAUGUAAAUAUUUUCUUUUGCGAAGUACACACUGGUUGAAUUCGACCCUUAAAAUAAUGUGACCCAGUUUAAUUAUUAUAUGAAAAAUGACGUAACAAUCCAUGCGCUGGCGAGAAAUGGUACUCGGCGAUAACUAGUCGCACGCUAGUAUAGUUAUUGUAAUUUGUCUGUUUUUUUUUUUUGCAAAGUAAGUUAACUCCUUUACUAGAUACGUUCAUUGUUGAUUGUAGAAAGUGUUAAAACGAUUGUACAGAGCGGAUGGAUCAAGCAGAUAGGAAGCCUAACCUACACUCGAUACAUAAAGCAAUGAACCAGAGUCAUAUAAAAACGAAUGCAACCAGUACUUCCUCAUUAUCCACUUCAGAAAGGGAGUCUUGUUCUGUUGAUGGGGAGUUUCAGGCGUUCUCUGGCUCAAGUACAUCCGGAUUUUCGGAUAGUAGUACGUCAGAAAACACAAGGUCAAAAGAAGAUUCAGUUGAUGACGACUGUUUAUCGGAGAAGAAUGGUGACUUGAUCCUGGCGUUGACUGGAGCAAGGCUUUGGAACAGGUUUUUGGAGACCGGCACAGAAAUGAUAAUUAGUCGGAAGGGGAGGAGAAUGUUUCCAUACGUCGAAUUUUUCUUGCGAGGAAUGGAUCCAAUUGGAAUGUAUGACGUUGUUUUUGACAUCAUUCCAGCAAGCAAUAGCUGUUUCAGAUUUAUAAAACACAAGUGGAUUCCAUUUGGCAUUAAGGGACAUGAAUUCACCAAUCGCCCCUUUAAGCAUCCCGACUCUCCCAGCAUGGGGUGUGAUUGGAUGACGAGGAAAAUCUCCUUCCAGAAAAUAAGGCUGACAAAUAAGCCUGAUUCCAAAGCUGGAACCUUCUCACUGCAUUCGUAUCAGAUGUACGUGGUUCAGAUCUCCAUUGUCAAAUAUGACAAAGAAAACACUGUGUCAACGACCCAAUUCCCUCUCCAUUCGACGUCUUUUAUUGCAGUGACCGCUUAUAACAAUAGAGAAGUAGUUGGUCUAAAAAUCAGCAGUAACCCUUAUUCUAAGGCCUUCAGAAAUCAAGUGAAAAGAAUGAAGACCCAAUCCGGAGCAAGCAAGAGUCCAAGAUAUCGUGGUUCCACUGCCUCUGUUCAACAAGACGGUUUGAGUCUACAGCAGCAAUAUCCUUUAGAUCUCUCAGCUUUAUAUAAAAGACCUGGAUUAAACAACUAUUCACCAUUCCCUGAGACGUCCGAGAAAGCUUGUCAGACAGAAAUAACUACAGAAGAAAUCCAAUAUAUACAGCAUGGAUUUUUAUUCACUCAACUCAAAAGGCAGUUUUUUAAUUCGAUACUACCAGUGCAUCCAUACUCCUUGAUAGACUUCACAACACAUGAAAGGGCAUUCGAUGGGUCGGCAGAGAGUGCUAAUGGGGCGAGAUGUGACACAGACUACAGAGCAAGGACGGUGAGGGAAGAACAGAUGGACGAGUACAAUACCAGGAUAGAAAUGUGGAAACAAGACAAGGAGUAAUAAUUGAAGGAGGAAAUAAGGUCUCCACAAUUUACAAAUAGAACAAUGAAUGAGAUUAGAUGCAAAUGUAUGCAAACUCAAGUAUCUGGAUAUUAGAUUUUUAUCUUAUCAUUAUUUUUAGAAAGUACAUAUCUUUUUCAAACUUCACUUAAUUAAGGUUUUUUUUUGGCAUUUUAAGAUUCUUUUCCAUGGAAAAUGAUUUUAAAAAAGUAAAACAAAUCCUUGACAGUUCUUGUUAUUUGAGUUAAAUUUUACAACACGCAACUCAUGCGAAAACAAGACGAAAAGUAGAUUCGCACAGUACAAGAAAAUUCCCUUAAAUUUACUUACUUACAUGAAUAGAAUUUCUGAAGAAUUAGCUUGGAAUUUAAGUACUAGAUGCAUAGGAAUUUAUGUUUUCAUAUUCAUCAGAAUGUACAAAUUCGUCAGUUGAUAUACAAGAGAAUGUUGUUUGACGAGUUUGAUUUUCAUGAAUUACAUAUUUAGUAUCCAUUGAUCUCAUAAAAUUAUAAGUAGUUAAAUUUUAGAAGAUGUAGUAGGCAUAUGUUAGUUAAGUUAAAGUAAUUUGUGCACCUUGGUACACCAUUCAAAUAUCUAAUUUCAAAUCUUUAUAUCAAACUUUACAUAUACCAUCUAAACUACACACUUUGCGAUGCUGGAUAUUUUAAAUAAGACAAAAACUAAAUCUGAAAAAUAAAAUGAUUAAGUGUUAAUAUGUAACAGUAAAUAUGUUUUCUGAAAUUUUGUAUUUACACAUAUUUUAUUUUACAUUUCAAUCAUGUAUGUUGUACAUGUAUUAUUGUGUGAUUUUUUUUAGCUCACCUGAGCUGAAAGCUCAAGUGAGCUUUUCUGAUCAAAAUUUGUCCGUUGUCUGUCGUCAGCGUUUGCGUUGGCGUUGGCGUUGGCGUUGUCGUUGGCGACGUUGUCAUUGUAAACUUUUCACAUUUUCUUCUUCUUCUCCAGAACCACUGGGCAGAUUUCAACCAAAUUUGGCACAAAGCAUCACUGGGUGAAGGGAAUUCAAGUUUCUUCAAAGGAAGGACCACGCUCUCUUUAAAGGGGAGAUACUUGAGAAUUAUUGAAAAUUUGUUGGUAGUUUUCAAAAAUCUUCUUCUCAAAAAUUAUUUGGCCAGAAAAGCUUUAACUUGUGUGGAGGCAUCCUCAGGUAGUGUAGAUUCAAGUUUGUUCAAAUCAUGGUCCCCAUGGGUAGGGGGGGCCACAAUAAGGGGAUCAAGUUUUACACAGGAAUAUAUAGAUAAAAUCUUUAAAAAUCUUCUUCUCAAAAACUAUUAGGCCAGAAAAGCUCAAAUUAAAAUGGAAGCAUCCUCAGGAAGUGUAGAUUCAAGUUUGUUCAAAUUAUGGUCCCCAUGGGUAGGGGGGCCACAAUAAGGGGAUCAAGUUUUACAUAGGAAUAUAUAGAUAAAAUCUUUAAAAAAAUCUUCUUCUCAAAAACUAUUAGGCCAGAAAAGCUCAAAUUAAAAUGGAAGCAUCAUCAGGAAGUGUAGAAUCCUGGUUGUUCAAAUCAUGGGCCCCGGGGGUAGGGUGGGGCCACAAUAGGGGGAUCAAGUUUUACAUAGGAAUAUAUAGAGAAAAUCUUUAAAAAUCUUCUUCUCAAAAACUAUCUGGCCAGAAAAGCUCAAAUUAAAAUGGAAGCAUCCUCAGGUAGAGUAGAUUCAAGUUUGUUCAAAUCAUAGUCCCUUGGGGUAUGGCGGGGCCACAAUGGGGGAAUGGAUUUUUACAUAGGAAUAUAUAGAGAAUAUCUUUAAAAAUCUUCUUUUCAGAAACCUUUAGGCCAGGAAAGCUCAAAUACGAGUGGAAGCAUCCUCAGGUAGUAAAGAGUCAAGUUUGUUCAAAUCAUGGUCCCCGGGGGUAUGGUGGGGCCACAAUGGGGGAAUGGAUUUUUAUAUAGGAAUAUAUAGAAAAAAUCUUUAUAAAUCUUUUUCUCAAAAACUAUCUGGCCAGAAAAGCUCAAAUUUGCUGGAAGCAUCCUCAGAUAAUGUAAAUUCAAGUUUGUUCAAAUCAUGGUCCACGGGGGUAGGGUGAGACCACAAUUGGGGUAUGAAUUUUUAUACAGGAAUAUAUAUAGAGAAAAUCUUUUAAAUUUUUUUUAAACUAUUAGGCUAGGAAAGCCCAAAUUGGUGAUAAGCAUCCUUAGAUAGUGUAGAUUCAAGUUUGUUCAAAUCAUGGUCCCUGGGGGUAGGGCGGGGCCACAAUGGGGGAUAAAUGUUUAUAUAUAGAGAAAAUCAUUAAACAUCUUCUUCUGAAAACUAUUAGGCCAGGAAAGUCCAAAUUCGAGUGAAAGCAUUCAAGGUCGUAUAGAUUCAAGUUUGUUUAAAUCAUAGUCCCGGGGUACAGUGAGGCCACAAUGGGGGAUGAAUUUUUACAUAGGAAUAUAUAGAGAAAAUCUUUAGAAAUCUUCUUUUUAAAAACUAUUUGGCCAGAAAAGCUUAGACUUGUGUAGAGGCAUCCUCGGGUAGUGUAUAAAUUCAAGUUUGCAAAAUCAUAGUCCCUUGGGGUAGGGCGGGGCGGCAAUGGCGGGUUGAAUUUUUACAUAGGAAUUUAUAGAGAAAAUCUUUUAAAAUAUUCUUGGAAAGUUUUUAGUCCAAAACUCAGUACUUUGUUUGAAACCUCAGGUUAUGCAGAUUUAAGUUUGAUGAAACCAUGAUUCCCUAGAGAAAAGUGGGGCCACAAAAUGGGGAGGGGGUAUAUAGGUUUAGAGAAAAAUUUUCUUAGAGGUACAACGACAAAAGGGACUUGGUAUUUACUAAAAAAAGAUGUGGAUAAAAAUUGGCAGAUUUUCCCAAAAAAAAUAGAUCUACUGUACUUAAUUGUAAAGAUAUUUUGAUUUCGAUACUGUAAUGGUAAUUUGAUCAGAGUUAAGGCUCAGGUGAGCGAUGUGGUCCCUGGGCCUCUUUUUUAUAAUUGUAAAUGACUAACUGUUACAUAAAUAUGUAUAAAAUGAACACGGAAAUAUUUCAUGAUACAUAUGUAUACAUUUGAAUUGCAGAAAUCCAGUGAUUGUUGUUUUUGAAAGUCGUAUAAAAAGAAUCAAACCU